UCAUUAGUGCAAAUCUAAAAAUCAGGAUCUUCCUCAGUGGUCAGUGAUGAUCGGGAGAUGAUGGGAAUCUUGGUGCUCUGUCUGUUCGCAGCUGCGUUCAACUCCAUCUCUGCCUUUCCAGAAGUCUGCACCAAUAACCUUCUACCUGGAGCUAAAGGAGACCAAGGUACAGUUGGAGAGGAGGGAAAUCAGGGAAAACUGGGAAAGACUGGACCACCAGGACGUCCAGGAUUGUCAGGAGAGACAGGGCGUGUAGGAGAGGUUGGCCACACAGGAAAGAUGGGGCCUAUUGGAGGCAAAGGUAUCAAAGGUGAUACAGGUUAUGAGGGGGCCUCUGGGUUAAAAGGGAAACCAGGCACAACAUGUGACUGUGGCAGGUACAGGAAGGUGGUCGGACAGCUGGAUGUUAAUGUAGGCAAGCUGAGGAAGGCUGUCAAGUUUGUGAAGAACGUCAUCUUGGGGCUGAAGGAAACAGAAGAGAGGUACUACCUGCUAGUGAAGGAGUCCAAGAGGUUCGGAGAGGCUACGAUGAACUGUAAGCUGAGAGGAGGCACCCUGGCCAUGCCAAAAACCAGCAACGCCAAUCGUCUCAUGGCAGACUAUGUCAGUCAGGCAGGACUGACAAGAGUUUAUAUAGGAGUGCAGGCUCAAAGCAAGGACACAGAUGGAACAAGCAGUCAUUUUUAUGCAGACUCCAGCCCUCUGCAGGGUUUUGCAGCUUGGGGCCAAGAGGAGGAGCUCAAUUCCAGAAUAUCUCCCACCACAAACUCAAGCUGUGUGGAGCUGCUCAGCACUGGAACAUGGAGUCGUGUGGAGUGUGAAGCCACCAUGUUUUUCAUCUGCGAGUUCUCAAAGAGCAGGAGAAGAGGAGGAGGAGGAAGAGGGACACCUCCCCCAACGUCAUCAUGAGUCAAUGAGACAUUUAGACUUGCAUGCAAAAAAAAAAGAUAUAAGUAUAAAUAUAUAUUUUGUAGUGUAAAAUGUCCAAUGUAUGUAAUAAAAAAUGAACUGAAAUGAAAAUAAAGUG